CGACGAGACCCCGGAAAUACACACUGAGCAGCUUACUGCUUGUUUAUCGGACACAAACAAUUUUCAGCUACGCUCUUUUCUUAUUUCUUUAUUUGUUUUUUUAUUUUUAUUAUUUGUUUCAUUAACUGGGAGUGCAAACAUGUCGGAGCUGGAUGUUGAAGCGCAGGGAGAGAUGAGAGACAGCGGCAAGAAGAAGAAAAAGAAAAAGAAGGAGAAGCGGAGGGUCAAUGAGGAGAAGGAGGAGGAGCAGGUGGAGAGGGGAGAGGAACCGGGUGAGAGCGUGUUGAUGCGAGGCAUCUUCAAAGUGGGGAAAAAGAGCCAUGACGUCCUGCUCACAAGAAUCAAACUGACCUGGACUCCGAUCAUCCCGGAGAGUCCCACAGGCGAUGGGACCGUGCUGGAGGCAGGUGCGGUGCUGCUGCAGGACGUUUUCGCCGUGAAGGUGAAACGGAGGCGAGCCGCGACCCAGCAGUCGGGGGGAGCCGUGCUCGGCCUUGCUCUCUUCCACUGCAGGAGGAGAGGGAGGCGGCUGGAGGAGGACACACUGCACCUCCACAACGCCUCUGCAGAACAUACUCACUCCUGGUACAACACUCUGAAAGAACUGCUAUCAGGGUUCAGUAGCCGGCCCAGGUAUGUGAAGGUGUUCAUCAACCCAAGCAGCCACAAGAAGGAGGCCGUUCAUAUCUACAGAGACCAUGUGGCUCCCCUUUUCAAGAUGGCUGACAUCCGCACCGAUAUCACAGUAACCGAUAGGAAGGGUCAUGCUCUCUCAGUGAUGAAGGAAUGCAAACUGGAUGAAUAUGAUGGGGUGGUGUGUGUUGGUGGGGACGGAUCGGUGGCAGAACUGUGCCACGCUCUGGUUCUCAGAGCUCAGCUAGAUGCCAAUUCUCCAGAAAAACCAGUGAGAGCAGUGCUGCCACUGGGAAUCAUUCCUGCUGGUUCUACAGACGUGGUUUCCUGUUCGGUCCAUGGGGUCAGAGAUCCAGUCACAGCUGCCCUCCACAUUGUUUUAGGUCACCUGCAGCAGGUGGACAUGUGCAGCUUCUCGUCUAACGGCCAGCUCGUGCGUUUCGGAUUCUCUGCCAUGUUUGGUUUUGGUGGCCGCAGCUUAGCCCGGGCAGAGAAGAAGAGGUGGAUGCCAUCGUCACGGCGACGAGAGUACGCUUUGGUGAAGACGUUGGCCAGGCUCAGACCAGAAGAUUGUCAGCUGUCAUUUCUACCUGCAAAAAGCUCAAACAGGAGUUUUUCUGCACACCGAGACCAGGGCAAAGAUCAAACAAAGAAGCCAGACUCAGAGAUGGAGGAGUCUUGGAUAACCAAUCAGGGGUUGUACCUAAGCAUCAGCAUCAUGUCUAUCCCCUGCCUGAGUCCACAUGCACCUCAGGGAUUGGCGCCAAACACCAGUUUAGACAACGGCAGCGCCUCACUGAUCGCAGUAGGUAAUGCUUCCAGGUCAGAGUUCAUCAAGCACCUCAAGAGGUACAGCAGCUCUAGCGGACAGUUCAGCUUCCCUUUUGUGGAGACACACUCAGUGUCAGAGGUGAAGAUUCGGCCCCGCUCACUGAUUGGCUGGUCUGAGGAGGAUAGUGAGGAAGAGGGAGACUCCAAAACUACACCCAUCAUCCAGUCAGAGCGAGCCGCUUUCCCUUGGAACAUUGAUGGAGAGCUGGUGGAGAUCGCUCAUGAUGUGAUCAUCAGGGUUCAUCCGAGACUCAUCACUCUGUAUGGAGAGGAGGUGGAUGAGGCAGAGUCAAGCAUCACCUGCAACUGCAUCUGAGACCAGCGACUGCUGUGGCACUGCUUUUCAUCUUCUGUCACCAUGGAAACCAGUCCCACAACAAAAAGGUUUUACUGGCAAUGAUGUCCUAUAUAAAGCAGAAUAAAACUGUCAGCUAUUUAACAGAUAAACAUUUACAGAAAAAAUGGCCCACAUCAUCAUAUAUCUUCCACCAUACCUAAUAGUGGCCACCAGUUUAUCCCUGAGGCUUUAAUAAUUAUAAAAUGAGUUGAAUAAGGAUUAUUUUAUGUUUUAACAAAUGUUUACAAAUACUGUUUGACAAUGUUUUAUUUGCAGUAAUCUUUGUUAGUGUGGGUUUUUAAAGCACCCAGGAAGUAUUUGUGUUUUUAAAAUACUCAAAUUUUUUUUACUGAAUAUUUCUCAAUGGAUUCUCUUUUUUGAUAUUUGAUCAUUUUUUGUUCAUAAAUGAAAAAAGCAUAGUGUUUAAAUAAAAAAAAAAAACUUUUAUUUUAAUAGAGUAUUGAGAAAAGCAGUGAGACGCUCCAGUGCAGAACAAACUUUGAUAAAAGGCUAGCACAAUAAAAAUGUAAUACAACAUUCAAA